GUCAAAUUGGCAGAACUUAGUUCAGUUUCUUUCUUUUACAUCUUGCUCUCCGGGCAAUCGGACGCAAAUCUUGAGAUGGCUGAUUCAGGCAAAAAGAAACGUGGUAAACAUGGUAAAAAGGGUAAAUCUUCAGGCCCUCCUCCACUUCAAAUGCCUACCCAGGAACCAGGCCCCUCAGGAUCUAGCCUCAAAAGCCCAACAUCUGCAGGACCUAGUCCGAUAAGCCCACCUGCUGCAGGACCUGGACCGAAAAGCCCACCAGUCACAAGACCUGAUCCAAAGAGCCCAUCAGCUGCAGGACCUGGUCCAAAAAGCCCACCAGCCUGGGUCUCUCCUACACAGGGCAAAGGGCCCAGUCCCCCACAAGCAAGCACAGCUGCACAAAAAUCAGCCCGUGGACAACAUUCUGGUGAUGCAGACAUACAACAGAGAUUACAAUCUACACAUAUAAGUGAAAAAUCAAAACCAACUCCUAGUAGUAAAGCUGGUGGCUCGCACCAAGGUGACAAAGCACAAUCUGAACAAGCUUCCGUUUUACGUACCAAGCCUCUCACACUAGAAUCCAAAAAAGGUCAUUCGGGAACAGCAAUUGAUGUUAAAGCCAACUAUUUCGCUGUGAAGACAACCCCACAAUGGCGAUUGUACCAGUAUCAUGUGGAUUUUUCACCUGAUGAAGAUAAUACUGGCGUCCGGAAGGGACUACUGCGCGACCACGCCAAAAGACUUGGCGGGUACUUGUUCGAUGGAACUGUCUUAUAUACUGUCAAAAGAUUACAUCCAGACCCAUUGGAACUAUUUUCUAUUAGGAAAAAUGAUGAGCAAAGGAUGAGAAUUAUGGUGAAGUUGACAUGUGACGUCGCUCCAGGUGAUUAUCACUACAUUCAAAUCUUCAACAUCAUAAUAAGGAAAUGCUUCCAAAUUCUGGAUUUACAAUUGAUGGGUCGCGACUAUUUCGACCCGCUAGCAAAGGUUGACAUACCUGAGUAUCGUCUUCAAAUUUGGCCAGGCUACAAAACAACGAUAAAUCAAUAUGAAGAUCGUUUGCUUAUGAUCACUGAAAUAACACAUAAAGUUUUGCGAGUAGAUACCGUCCUACAAAUGUUAAAUGAAUACGCCGCGUCGAAGGGAAGCAAUUAUAAAAAGAUAUUCCUCGAAGACAUGAUGGGUAAAAUUGUGAUGACUAUAUACAACAAAAAAACCUACAAAGUAGAUGAUAUAGCAUGGCAAGACACACCAAAAUCAACAUUUAAAAUGAGAGAUGAAAAAAUUACGUAUUUGGAAUAUUAUAAAAAGAAAUAUAAUCUGACAAUCCGCGACCUCCAGCAGCCUUUGCUCAUAUCUAGAUCAAAGCCGCGAGACAUUCGCGCUGGGAUGCCUGAACUGGUAUAUCUAGUGCCCGAGCUGUGCCGGCAAACUGGGUUAACAGAUGAAAUGAGGAAUAACUUCAGAUUAAUGAAAGCCCUCGAUAGCCACACUAAAGUCGGCCCUGACGUUCGCAUUCAGAAACUAUUACAUUUUAACAGACGACUGACUCAAAGUCGUGAGGUCGUCAAGGAAAUGAGUGACUGGUCACUUACUUUAUCGCAAGAUUUGGUGAAGUUCAAAGCGCGCCAACUGCCUACCGAAAAUAUUUAUCUAGGCGGUAACCUCUUUUACCCAGCUGGUGAUACUACAGAAGGUUGGACGCGUGAUAUGAGGUCAAAACCCCUACUGGAAAUUGCUCAAAUCCCAUCAUGGGUAGUGAUAUCUCCAGAGAAGCUACGACGUGAGACUGAAGGCUUCAUAGAUUUAAUAUUAAAAACAGCUUCAGAUGUCCGUAUUCGCAUGCCCAGGCCGGAAUUAGUACUACUUAAAUACGACUCUGCGAUUGAAUAUGCCAACACGUGCGAGAACGUUAUAGCUCGCAAAAAUCCGGCGAUAAUAUUAUGUGUAUUAGCACGGAAAGUCUUAGACCGAUAUGAAGCUAUCAAAAAGAAGUGCACUGUGGACCGCGCUGUCCCCACGCAAGUAGUGUGUGCUCGUAACAUGACAGCCAACUCCGCUAUGUCGAUUGCUACUAAAGUAGCAAUCCAGAUGAACUGCAAGCUUGGAGCCGCACCGUGGAGAGUACAAAUACCGCUUAACAGCAUUCUAGUAAUAGGCUAUGAUGUAUGUCACGACACUCGCAGCAAAGAGAAAAGUUUCGGCGGGUUUGUCGCUUCACUAGAUCAGAAUUUAACACGGUUCUAUUCUGCCGUCAACUCGCACACUUCGGGAGAGGAAUUGAGCAACCACAUGGGCUUCAAUAUAGCAUCAGCUCUAACGAAAUUUAAAAAUAAAAACGGCUCAUUACCGAAUCGAAUUUUCAUCUACCGUGAUGGUGUAGGGGAUGGUCAAAUCCCUUAUGUACAUACCCAUGAGGUAGGGCAGAUAAAGAAGAAGCUAGCUGAAGUGUAUGGCGGCCCAUCAUACAAGAUGGCAUUCAUAGUAGUCUCCAAGCGCAUCAACACUCGUAUAUUCUUGGACCGUGGACGUAAUGGUGAAAAUCCACGACCAGGCACUGUCAUUGACGACGUCGUUACACUACCGGAGCGCUAUGACUUCUAUUUGGUUUCUCAAAAUGUCCGCGAUGGAACAAUAUCACCAACGUCGUACAAUGUCAUCGAAGACACAACAGGACUACACCCCGAUCGGAUGCAAUGGUUGACAUACAAGAUGACCCAUUUGUAUUUCAACUGCUCCGCACAAGUCCGUGUCCCUGCCGUGUGCCAGUACGCUCAUAAGCUUGCCUUCUUGGCUGCAAACAGUCUUCACAGCCAGCCACACUACGCCCUCACAGAUACCCUAUACUUCCUGUAAAUUAAUAAUAUUAAAUAUCUCUGAAUAAUUAUGUCAAACCCUAAAUUAUUUUUUACAUUGG